ACAGCAAAGUCAGAGCAGACAGAGGCAGAGCCACUUUCCAACAAAGAUGGCUGGUGUUCGAGCUCUGGGCGCACUGUCCAGAUUAACAACAAGUCGCUACAACUUUCCCUCAGGUUCCCGUCUACGCACCUUUUCAGUGGCUUCUUCUUUGAUGGCUCGAACACAUGUCAACUAUGAGCUCAAGGGGGAUGUUGCCGUCAUUCGGAUUAAUGACCCAAACUCUAAGGUCAACACCCUGUCGGAGAAGAUGCAGGAGGAGAUGACGGCGGUGAUGGAUGAGAUCUGGGGGAACGCGGCUGUGAAGAGUGCCGUGCUCAUCUCCUCCAAGCCUGGCUGCUUCGUAGCAGGAGCUGAUAUCAACAUGAUCCAGGCCUGCCAGAGUGCCUCGGAAGUCACCAGCCUCUCCCAGGAGGGCCAGAAGAUGUUUGAGAAGGUGGAGAAGUCACCCAUCCCCAUUGUGGCCGCCAUCAACGGCUCCUGCUUGGGAGGAGGGCUCGAGCUCGCCAUCGCUUGCCAGUACAGGAUUGCCACCAAGAGUAAGAAGACAGUGUUAGGCACCCCAGAGGUCAUGCUGGGGCUCCUCCCUGGAGCAGGAGGGACACAGAGACUCCCCAAAAUGGUUGGCCUGCCCAAUGCAUUUGACAUGAUGCUGACGGGUCGCAACAUCCGUGCUGACAAAGCAAAGAAGAUGGGGCUUGUGCACCACCUGGUCGAUACCUUAGGCCCUGGUCUGAAGAGUCCAGAGGAGAGGACCAUAGACUACCUGGAGGAGGUGGCCGUGGAUGUGGCCAGAGGCAUCGCGGAGAAGAAGGUGGCCCUCACCAAGGACAAGAACCUCAUGCAGAAAAUUCAGGACUAUGUGAUGAGCUUUGAGAUUGUGCGAUCACAGGUCUACAAUAUGGUCAAAAACAAGGUCAUGAAGCAAAGCAAGGGGCUCUACCCAGCACCACUGAAGAUCAUUGAGUGUGUAAAAGCAGGAGUGGAGCAAGGAGCAGAUGCUGGAUAUUUGGCAGAAUCCCAGAAUUUUGGCAAAUUGGCCAUGACUCCAGAAUCCAGCGCCCUCAUUGGCCUAUAUCAUGGGCAAGUAACAUGCAAGAAGAAUCGCUUUGGAGCUCCAGAGAGGGAUGUGAAAACCCUGGCUAUCCUGGGAGCCGGUCUGAUGGGGGCAGGUAUUGCCCAGGUGUCUGUGGACAAGGGGCUGCACACCAUCCUGAAGGACACCACGACAGAGGGCCUCAACAGGGGACAGCAGCAGGUCUACAAAGGACUGAAUGACAAGACGAAGAAGAGGAGCAUCACGUCGUUUGAGAGGGACAGCAUCGUGUGUAACAUGUCAGGCCAGCUGGACUACGCCGGCUUUGAGAAAGCCGACAUGGUGGUAGAGGCGGUCUUUGAGGACAUCAACAUCAAACACAGAGUGCUGAAGGAGGUGGAGGCAGUAACUCCCCCACACUGCAUAUUUGCAUCCAACACAUCAGCACUUCCAAUCAAGGAGAUCGCAGCUGCCAGCAAAAGACCUGAAAAGGUGAUCGGCAUGCACUACUUCUCCCCGGUGGAUAAGAUGCAGCUGCUGGAGAUUAUCACCACGGAGCAGACCUCCAACGACACAACUGCCGCCGCCGUGGCCGUGGGCCUCAAGCAGGGCAAAGUCAUCAUUGUCGUUGGGGAUGGACCAGGCUUCUACACGACACGUUGCUUGGCACCCAUGCUAGCGGAAGCAGUGAGGGCAUUGCAAGAAGGAGUGGACCCCAAGAAGCUGGAUGAUCUGACUAAGAGCUUUGGGUUCCCCGUGGGAGCUGCCACACUGGCUGAUGAGGUCGGCAUUGACGUGGCCGCCCAUGUGGCAGAGGACCUGGGCAAGGCAUUCGGCUCCAGGUUCGGUGGUGGAAACGUGGAGGUGCUGAAGAACAUGGUGGAGAAAGGAUUCAAAGGCCGAAAGUCUGGAAAGGGGUGCUAUGUUUACCAGCCGGGCAUCAAGUCCAAAGAUGUCAAUCCCGGGGCUCUGGAGAUCCUGGAGAAAUUCAAGAUGGCCCCACAUGAAGCAGUCUCCUCCCACUCUGAUGUGCAGUACAGGUUGGUGUCGCGCUUCGUAAACGAGGCAGUGCUGUGUCUGCAGGAGGGGAUCCUGGCCACCCCUGUAGAGGGAGAUAUCGGAGCCGUCUUUGGCCUUGGAUUCCCACCCUGCCUUGGAGGGCCCUUCCGGUUUGUGGACAGCUUUGGGGCAGGGGCUCUGGUGGACAAGAUGAGGAGGUUCGAGGAGGUUUACGGAAACCAGUUCACGCCCUGCCAGCUGCUGCUGGACCACGCCAAGGACCCCAGCAAGAAGUUUCACAAGUGACCUGGACCACAAUGUGCCACCACACCACUAAUACUAAUACCCGACCCUCUGCUGCUGGAGAUGACCUUUCAGCAGACUGUGAGGAUACAAUGACAACCACUUUCUCUCCCUCUUCCUGCUGUCAGUCUCUGUCUCUCGAAAUGGGCAUGUAAGAGGAAGUCUACGGUACCUUGGGACAUGGACUUAGUGAAAGACGGAACACGUCUCUUAUUGUCAAGAGGCUGUCUCUUCAACUUAGCAAUCUGAAUUGCCUUUUAGCACUACAGGACUUCGGGUGGCCUUUGACAAGUAAAAUGGCCUUUUGAUCAAAAAUGAUUUUCUUUAAGUUAUUUUUUGUAAUGUAUUUUGUACGACAAAAGAAGUUUUUUGUAAAAGCAGUUUACUGACUCUCCAGACACACAAAGGCUCUUCAGCCCAUUCCAAAUCAACGUAGACUGCAUAGGGUUUAAACACCUAAAGCUGGUGGUAGGUCUUCAGAAGAGCAUUACCUAAUGACUAACAGAAACACUUAUAAUAUAAUAUACCGUAAUAUAAUAUAUAUAUGAAACACAAACAUAUUGAAAGGAGAUGAAUUCAGCACUUGUGUCCUGUGUUGUUCAGUGCCUAACCAAUGACUUGGGCAUAUUUUCAUGCACUUGGCUUAUUGGAACUCAACUGAUGGCAAAAGUAGGUGAAAAAAGUGUCAAAAUGACAUUUGAAGAGUACUGGCAAGUUACACUGUAAAAAUGCUAGAUGAUCAACAUCAGAACAUAGUUACUGGUUAUGACUAAUGUAACUGCUUUUACAGCAGUUUGUUUCUUUGUCAGUUUAGACAUUCAUAUCUGUCCACAGUGAUGGCAUUGAUUUUGCUGUAUGCAAAAUGUUUUUGGACGUGGCAUUCACAUCCCAACUGACACACUAAAAUAAAACAGAAAUGUAA